AUGGCUUCUGGAGCAUGUCUGCUCAUAUUCGUGGCCCUUAUUGUCCUCUCCAGUCAACAGCAAUUCGAUUUCGCAACACCAAAGCCUCGACCACACAGGCAAACACUUAUUGCACCAAACUAUAUGGGUUUUAGUAUAGAAUGGAAUGAUAUGGCUUCUAUCUUCACUCCUGGUGCCCAGAAACCCGUAACCCAGCUCUUUGCCAACUUGCAGACCCUCAGCAAGCAGCCCGUUCUUAUUCGUAUAGGGGGGAUAAGUGAAGAUAACGUGUGGUUGGACGGCGUUCCUGGUCGUAACGCUACCGUCUUUCCAUUUUCCAUAAACAUGACUGUAAUGAACAACAUUGCUCAACUUGCCACGCAGGUUCCAAUUCAGUAUCUAGCUGGACUGCCAACAGUCCAUUCAAUGAAUAAUGUCAAUGCAACGGUGGCCUUCAUGCAGGCUAUGGUAGACUCGAAGAUGAUUGCUCACAUGACUGGUGUCGAACUAGGAAAUGAACCACAUAACUUUGGGAUUCCUGUCGGUACCUAUGUCUCUAAUUACUGGAUGCCGAUGCUGCAAGCAAUUUAUAACAACAUCCCUGCAUCCAAACCCCUGCAAUUUGCAGGAUUGUCGUCAUAUAACCCACAAGACGAAAUGGCAACAUGGACUCAGACAGUCAGCACUGCCCCAUUUGUAACUACCAACCACAUCAAGACAUUGGCCACCGUCCAUACGUAUGGUACAUACGGCAAUGUAUCGCUGCAAACUCUGUUAGGUCUUCCAUCACCAACUGAGUUUGACUAUAUAGCAUCAGCAAGCGCCACUUAUACGGAUGAUAUUAUACUGGGUGAGACAAAUAGUAUCAUUGGUGUUGGUGGUGGAAUCCAAGGUGUAUCGAACGUUUUUGGAAGUGCUCUAUGGUCGCUUGACUUUUACGCUUAUGCUGCCUGGAAUGGAUUGGGCAGUGCGAGGCUUCACGGCGUCAUGGGAGCUGCUGACUUUACAAACAUCGAAACCGCAUUCAAAUACAGCCCGUUCCUCAUAAACCAAGCCAGCAACGUUGCAGACAAACCAGUCAACGUCCGUCCCAUCUACUACUCGAUGAUUGCCUUCACGAACGCUCUCUCAUGGGUAUCCAGCAAUCAGGACAUUGUUCCCAUAAUCCCAUCAGCCAAGACCAACACGUCACUCAUCAAAAUAUACGGCUUCCAAAGCCAAAACAAUACGACCAUGUCCGUCAUUAUUAUAAACAAGACAAACCAAACAAUCCCAGUGUCGUUUAUGCUUCCAGCGGCUGAUCAAAAUCAGACUAGUGCUGUGGUGGAAUGGCUGCGUGCUCCCAAUGUCACGUCUACCUUGGGCAUCACUUAUGCAGCUCAGACGUUUGAUGGGACAAAGGACGGACUGCCGAUAGGAGCCAGAAAGAUUGAGACGAUUCAGUCUGUUGGUGGGGUUUAUAAUAUCUCGAUGCCUCAAUAUUCAGCAUCGGUGAUUUUGGUCGGCGGAACUCAGGUGAAGGCGACGAAUGCAAGUAAAGUCGUUUGUAAACCUAGAGUUAGAAGGUGA